AUGAUGCACCGCAGCACCGCAGAGGAAAUGGACAGGCUUCAGCUGUCUGAUGAUGACUCUGAUGACCUUUGGGAUUCCCCCUCUAAACGCGGAAAUAAAAUACUACAUCAGAGAGCUGUGAAGGAAGAGAGCAUGUCGCCAGAACCUACAAUCACCCAUGAUGCAGGGGAAACUCUGUUUGAUCGCCAGGAGGCGCGGGAAGCCGCGUUGCGCAGUGAAUUAGAGAGCGUCCGCAAGAUCAACCAGGUCAUUGAGGGGCUGCUAGGAAGCCUGGAUUGUGCUAAGGAGAACAUGGGUACUGUCUCGCGCACCAUAGAUUCCGCUUCUACAUUGCUCAAUACUUGGACGCGUAUCCUCUCCCAGACCGAACACAACCAGCGGUUAAUCCUCAAUCCUAAUUGGCAAGGCGCCGUUCAAGAUGUGGCCGACAUGGAAAACGAAGAACUCCUCCGGCAACAGGCCGCAGAGAGACGCGAACGGGAACUCCAGCAGCAAAGGGAAGCUGCUGCCCGGAAGGCUGAAGAGGAUCAGCGAAAGAGAGCGCUGGCCGCGGGCUCCCGCACGACGCGUGGGACGACCACUCGUGGACGGGUGCACUACCAGGACUACCUCAUCUUCAACAUCCAAACCAUCGACGACCUCCACAACGCGUAG